AAUACUAUAUUCUUCGAAGACUGGGAGAUAAUUACCGUUAUAUCUGAAUAUAAAAACUAUAAACAUAUGAACUCUGAUACUAGAAUUCCUACAAUUCAGUUCGAAACAUUGAAUGCAUACACUUCUUCAGUCGUUACUAACAUAAAUACUAGUCCAAAACACAAUGAACAAAGGAAUAGUAAACUGCUAAUUUACAGUAAACAAAUGCAGAUAGAUGAAGAUGAAGAUGAAUUCUAUACUCCUGUUAAUAUUUAUCGUGAACAUAAAACCCAUUUAGAGCAAGAUAAAAGAGUUCGUAAAGAAUUGGACACUCAAAUGCUUGAUGAUCUUUAUGAACCUAUUCAAAAAGCUUUUCUACGUAAUUCAAAAAUUUUAACAUCGAAGGAUGUUGAUAUUUCUUCUGCUAACAAUGGAAUUAUCACAGCUGGAAUGUGGAAUUAUAAUUUUAAUGUAUUGGAAGAAUAUUUUUCAACAAAUAGAAUUAAACAUUUAAAUUUGUCUUAA